AUGGGAGAUUACAAAAAAGUCCGCAAUGAAGUAAAGAACCUGUCAAAGAAGGCUUACAAUGAUUAUGUGAACAACCUAUUUGCCAAACAAGACAAUAAGCGCAGCUUUUGGUCCUUUGGAACAUUCAGCAACUCUCAGUGUGUAAUUGUGAAAGGAUUUGAAGAGCAUGAAAAUCAAGAGACAACAAAAGAUAAAUUGGAGAUUUUUCUAACCAAACAGAGGAAUGGGGGUGGUGAUGUUAAGCAGAUUGUAUAUCCGUUUGGAAAUUCUACCAGCAAAGCACUGGCAAUUUUUUAUGAUACAAAUGUUGCAAGGUCUUUGAUAAAAGCCAAGAAAAUGUCUGAUGGUAAAGGACAGAGUCUUGGGAUAUAUCCUUUCGAAAAAGAAACAUUCAGUAUAUCCCAGGGUGUGAUUGUAAAAGGAUUUGAAGAGCAUGAAAGUGAGGAGCAAACCAAAGAUAAAUUAGAAAUAAUUCUGACCAGACAGAAAAAUGGGGGUGGUGAUGUUGAGAAGAUUUUAUAUCCAUUUGGAAAAUCAACCAACACAGCAGUGGCAGUAUUCACUAAAACAGAAGUUGCAAGUUCUUUGAUAAAGGCCCAGAUUAUAUCUGAUGGUAAAGGACAAAAUCUCAAGAUCUACCCUUUAAAAGUAUGUCAGCAAAUGAAGACAUUCAUAUUGGAGCUUGGUGAAGCUGUUGUUCAACUUGAACCAACUCUAAAGGAUCACAUAUUUAGUGCCAUUGACGUGAAAGGAAGAUUUCUAAAAGAUGGGCAGAAACUGAUGUUAGAUGAAGAAGAGGAUAUAUGCAGAGUAUAUAAGCAUGUGUCUGAUAGAAUAAAAGGAUUAUUAAGCAGUUACCUCCUCAAAGUAACUGGUGAAGAUAACUCCAACAUUCCUCAUGAUGAUCUCAAAAGAAUGGCUGGCAAAAGCAAGCAGGCUGGAAGUGCAGAUUCCCAGCAAGUUGAUAGACCAGAUUUCUUGGUUUAUCAGUUCUUUAAGAAUUGUCACAAGGAUAAGGUAAAAGAAAUAGAGAGCAGCCAUGAUGUCACUAUCACAUGGAUGCCAGAUAAAAAUGAAUUGGCAGUUCAGUCCAACAAACCUGGAGAUGAUACAGACAGGAAGGUUGCUGAAGAAAGAUUUAGAGAUCUGUAUCAAAAAAUACAUCCCAUAAUCAAACAGCUUCAAGUGGAAGAUGUUCAGCGUGUUGAGGCUCAGAAAGCUGAAAACAAAAUAACAAGAAAACAUGCUGAUGUUUUGAUCUUACCAAAGGAGUAUGUGUUCAUUGGAAGUGAGGACAAUGUGGAACUAGCAAUCAAAGACUUCAAAAUGUUAUGUGAAAUCACUACAUUUGAAAGAAGUCUUCAAGAUGAUGCUGGCUUACUCCUUACUGAUGUGGAGUACACAAUAGGCGGGGUAAAAGUCAUCAUAAGACAUGGUGAUAUCACUAAUGAAAAUGUUGAUGUCAUUGUCAAUGCUGCCAAUGGGGAACUUCAGCAUGGAAGUGGUGUUGCAAAAGCCAUUGCUAUGAAAGCUGGUAGACGUAUCCAUGAAGAAGGUCAAAGGUUACUUAAAAAACGACGACAUGCCUUGAAUGUGUCAGAGGCCUUACACACUAAUGGGUACAAUCUGAAAGCAAAAUAUGUAUUACAUGCUGUUGGACCAAGAUAUGGGAAAAACCCUAACUUUCAGAGCUUGCUGAAGAAGACAUUCUUGAAUUGUCUAGAAUAUGCAGAUGAAAUACUUGAAGCUACAUCCAUUGCAGUUCCAUUGAUUAGCUCGGGAGUAUUUGGUGGAAACAAAGAAGAAUGUGCAAAACUGCUGUGUGAAUCCAUUUGCCAGUCAGUUCAAAGUGAGAAAUGUCAGAAUCUCAAAACAAUUUGUCUUGUGAAUAUUGAUGUUGAAGCAACAACUGCAAUCCAAGAUAUGUUUAAAAAAUAUUGUGUUGAAAAUUGGGGGCAGUCUUGUCAAACCACUAAUGUCCGUUCAUUGCAGAGUAGAUUGGCCACCUCUACACUACCCAGAGCUGAAACAUUUAGUCGCAAUUUGUAUUCUACACAGACUGUACAUAAGGAGAGGAUUGAUUUUACCCAGACUGCAGUCCAUCAGAAUACUCACAGUAAAGAUCAGAUGUCUAAGGUCAGAGAUGGUUCAAAAUUUGAAGUUCCUUCUUAUGAUGAACAAAAUAAGAGAAAUAACAUACAGGAGCAAACAAGUAACAGAGCCUGGCAGCCAUUUACCAGUACAAACAAUGCAGCAACUCAUACAGCUGGUUCUGUUGCAAUGGAUGAGGAGGAGAAAUGCCCUAUUUGUUUUGAUAAACUGACAACAACAAUGAAACGGCUUCCGUGUGGGCACAAGUUUUGUAGAAAUUGUAUUGAGAAAGCCUUAAGCAUGAAACCAGUUUGUCCAAUUUGUGGCAAGGUGCUUGGUGCAUUGAUAGGAAACCAACCAAGAGGAUCUAUGAAAACACUUUACUGUUCUAACUUUAGCUUACCUGGUUAUACAGGGUGUGGAUAUAUUGAGAUUACUUAUGAUAUUCCUUCUGGAAUACAAACGCAUGAGCAUCCACAUCCAGGAAAAGCAUAUUAUGGAACAUGGCGUAAAGCUUACCUUCCAGAUAACAGGGACGGGAGAUAUGUUGCAAGCCUUCUGAGGAAAGCAUUUGAUGCUCGACUCAUCUUCACAAUUGGAACAUCAGUAACAACAGGUGCUUCUGAUAGUGUGACUUGGAAUGACAUUCAUCACAAGACAAGUGUCUCUGGUGGACCGAAUAAUUACGGUUAUCCUGAUCCGACUUACUUGAGACGUGUGCGGGAAGAGUUGGCAGCCAAAGGAAUCAAAUAACUGGAAGUCAAUAACACUCUCCAAGAUUUGCUAACCAGGAACGUUCAACAAGAGACAAUGCUGCACCUAUUAGCAAGAUCAAUGUAAUUUUACUCUUGUAACGGUAUGUUUACUAAUGCUGAUUAAAAUGUCAAUGGUUGCCGAAUGUCAACAAUUAAAUAGACGGCUACAAUUUCCAUUCAUUCAUUUAUUUGACCAAAUUCGAAAGUUUACAAAUAAGAUACUUGUUGAAACAACAUGAAAAUGACAACAGCAAUAAAAAUGAUUAAAAACAAUUAAAACAUUGACAAUAAAGUAAUUGAAUCACCCAUCAUACACAGCCUGCAUAUUGUUUAGUAUUUAGGCACAGGGCAGAUGUAUGCACACUAUUGAGUUAUUGCUGUAGUUGUAUAUUGAAGUCACUUUAAUCAUACUACUGUAUUUAUAUUCUUUCUGAUAUUUCCUAUACAUUUUAGUCGCAAUUGUUAUAAAUUUUGUCUAGGAGGACUACUUUUAAUAAAAAUAUGUUUUUUCCUCAUUAAAUAUGUUAUCCUGGUUUAAUAAAUUACAGAUACAGUAAAAAUAAAUAAAUGUCUAGAAUUUGAAAUGGGAAUACUGAAAUACAAAAGCAAACAACAUUGAUAUAUGUUACAGAUAUCAAAAUUAAGGAGCAAAAACCAAAAAGGCAUACAACAAAAAAACUUGUAGCAAAAGCUUAAUAUAACGGGUAAAGCAUGGAAAAGACAUCUAUCAAUUCAGAAGUUUCCCUCUAAGUACAGAUCACCUUUGGAAUAGGGUGAUACCUGUAAUUUUCUUUAGCAGCUUUGAUCUUUAGUUAGAAAUAUUUUUGUAAUAAGAUAGGCAUUCAUUGAAGCUACAGAAAAGUGGUCUUUAAUUUGAGAGGUUUUUAAUUAGAGGGAGAAUCGUAAAAAAAUAUUUCUGUUUUAUUCAGUAGAAUUUAAAUAUUUUAAAAGGGAGUGUAGAUGAUCCAAAGGACAUUCAAUCCACUGUAUAAUUAGAUUCAUCAAUACUGUUUGUUGCAUUUUACAAAAAUAUUGUUUUCAGCAUGACAUUUUAAACAUUUUUUUGUGAAUUGUAUUUUAAUUGUAAAAUGCUUUGUGUCUUUGUAUUGCCAGAGGGAAACAAAUUUCCAGUUGUUUUAUUGGACUUUAAGUCUAUUUGCAUAUAUUUGUUUGAGAUGAUAGAAGUUUGACAGAAAUUUUGUGCAAAAAUGUUGGUGUUUAUAUGCUCUAUUUUAUCAGUAAUUAUAUAUUUUAUCAAUAGAUUAUUUCAUUUGAGAGAAAAACAAAUAAUGUAUUUAUAAUGAUGCCUAUUGUUUAAUGCUUUUCCAUCAUAUAUGCCUAUUUGUUAUCUUUUAACAUUGAUUUACUAUAUCUAUGUACCUUCAUCAAUGUUACUAAAUAUGUUGUAAUUAGGCUAAUGUUGUAAUGUGGUAGCAAAAAUGAAGUCAAAGAAAUGAAAAUGAAUAAAUAUUAUCCAGACUUUGUGAUCGAUGUAGAUUAGGUAAGGCACGAUAUAGAUUAGAAGCUAGAGAAAAAUGUAAGACGUUUUAAUUUAACAACUUGGACUACUGUAGUGCUGCUUUCUGUGGACCUUUUUUUUAGAGCACUUUAAGUACUACUUGUAAUUGAUACCUAUGUUUAGGCAGUGGUGUGUCUGGGAGUUUUGAAAUAGAUGGCUGAAGGGGGGGGUGAGGGGGGGGGGGGGCUUGAUGAUUAAGUAAGUGGAGCAUAUGAGGUGAUUUUUUUUCACAAACAUUUCCAAUAAGGAAGUUCAUGGAGGGACAAGCUUUUUCUUACCACCCUCCCCAAGAUAUACCACUGUGCUUAGGCCAUUACUGUAUUUUGAAAUUGGCAUAUUCACCUUGAUUCCAUUUUUUGUCAUUUGUUUGUGUUUGCAUGUACUGUACUCAGAAGUUAUUCAGUUUUAUCAAAAAUAUUUUAUGGCUUGAAGUGUUCACUUUGUUAAUAAAUAAUACAAAUACAGUACUGUAUUAUUGUCAUCAACUUUUCAUUAAAAAUAACUGUCAAUGAUAUUAAUCAUCAGAUGUUUAUCAUUUGAAAUUAGACACUACAAAUCAUAUCGUAAAAACACAGCAAGCAUUAUGUAGAUUUAAUAAAGCCAAGGAUAAAAAACAUAGGAUGAAUGGUGUCUCGUCUCAAACUUAAUUAUGCCAAUUAUGCCAGCUUGUGAUCAAAACCACUUGAUAUCAUUUAUUGCUUUCACAUCGCAACUUAGAUUCCAUACUUGUUUUUAAUUUUGUCUUGAAUGUUUAUAUUCAAACGUAUUAUUGCUUUUAGGCUUGUAUGCUUUUGUUCAAUCUUAUAUUCCAUUCCCAUGUAUGAUUUGUCUAUUACCAGAUCAAAAUAAAAGUAAACUAGUCAAA